UCGAAUAAGAGCUACGCACGUCCACGCAUACACGCGCAAGCAUACAUACAUAAGUUGAGAGUAAAGUACGAGUACGCGAAAGGAGAAGAAGUCGACACUUCGGUCUCGCUCGUUCUCGGACGAGGACGCGUUUCCUCGCAUCUUUAUUUGCGAUUGCACGGUUAUCGCGAGCAAACGAUUUUCAAAGUUGUUUUAUCUUUGUUUGACAGAACAGAUGAUCGAUCGUGUAAAAAAAAACAGUUCGUACGCUUUUUUGGAACGCCCUCUCUCGGUCUCUCUUUUUUUCUCCGUUUUCUCCUUUCUGUCUCUCUCUCUCUCUCUCUCUCAUCUUGCCGAUAGAAAUGCCUUUCUUCAAGAAACUUCGGAGAUUCUCCAGGCAUAAAAAACUAUGCGAGGAAUGGGCCCUGGCGAACAGUCGCGAAUGCGUGGAGAGUGGCGGCACAGCAGCCUCGACGCACGAGGAAUCCGAGGAUGCAUCGGAGGCCAGGUUCACCCUCAAAUAUUUGGGCAGCACCCUCGUCGAGACGCCAUCGAGCGAGGAGGCCACCGCUGAGGCCAUAAAGACGGUCAUUACCAUGGCAAAGGCGAGCGGUAAAAAGUUACAGAGGGUGUCUUUGGCUGUGAGCUUGAGAGGUAUCAGAAUGACGGAUUUGGCCACGGAGGAAGAUCAGCUUCAAGUAUCGAUAUACAGGAUCUCCUAUUGCUCGGCCGACGCGACCCACGAUCACGUGUUUGCGUUCAUCGCAACGAAUCUGAACGAGACGAUGGAAUGUCACGCGUUUCUUUGUCCAAAAAGAAAAAUGGCACAGACGGUGACAUUGACGGUGGCCCAGGCAUUCAAUACCGCUUACGAGGCCUGGCAAUUGUCACAGGCUGAUCCGAGGAUUCAUCAUGCUCAAGAUAAAGGGUCUACGUUGACGGAUGAGAAAAACGAAACGAAUGAGAAAAAGAAUUGCAGCGAGACGAAGAACCAGUCGGCGAAGAUGAUUCAACAAAACAAGCAGAACGGUCAACAACGUCACGCCGUCAACGAAGGUCAAAAGAACCUUUUAAUCGAUCUCUCGAACGAUCCUAAGCCGACGGGGAAUUCAUGGGUGAGCUUCGAGGAAGAAUCGAGUUCGGAUAGCAAGAGAUCGCAAAAGAAUUCGGCCAACAGUAUUCCCAUGACUACGCUGAGACACACGACGAGCGCGUCCACGCCGUCUCAUCACGUAGUACCGAGGCCAUCGACGGGAUUCAAGAUGCAAAACGCUUGGGGAGAAUCCAGAUCCGUCGAUCUAAUGUGCUCGUAGCAGACAUAGCCUGCGGCUGACAGCUUCAGAGACGUGCCAUUAAUCACGGGUCUCUGGAAGCAUCUGUCGAAUAGCGGCCAAACCAAGAAAACUAAUCCUUAGACCAAUAUCAACCUCGCCGAGGAGGAGAGUAAUGUGAUUUUAAAAUGUGACGCGAUGUAUACGGGAGGAAAGGGAUUAGCGAAACGAUCGUUCGUUCGAUCGACCGAUCGAUCGAGUUUUAAACCAUUCGACGCGAGACGAAGCUUUCUCCUCGAG